UUUAUCAUUUCAUCUUUCACUGUGUGACUGUUAAGUGUGAGGCUGCUUGCAAUAUGAAAUAGUGCUCAUUUAUUUUAAUAUGGUGUUUUCUAACCUCUUUAAUUGAUGGUGACAGUCAUGAAGGAGAUUCCAUUAAAGGGGCAGUUUCUCGUCAUGACACCUGCUUCCGUGCACUACGAGCAUUGAAACAUGGCAAUUGAAAGACUGAGAGCUUCCUGAUUCCAGCCCUGUCUCUGUCCGGGUCCUGCUGCUAAAUGGAGGAGGAAAUGCCUUUAGAGCUUUUAGCCAACUCUCUGAGGAAGAGCAGGAAGCUGGGCCGUGCUGCCUCGUGUCCCGAUAUAUCACUGUUUAGAUUUUAUUAUGUGUUUAUGUCAGUAGACCCACAGGAGUACGUGAGGACGUAUCAGCACUUCUACUUGUUUACUUCCCAAAGAUGCAAUCACCUUUAACUGAUCAGAUCGUGAAGGGAUGAUUGACGAAUGUUUCUUUUCCUUUACCAGAGAACCAAAAUGUACUACAGUUUACUUUGUACUGGUCUAUGUGCUUAUGGCUGGUAAACUGAAGAAAUAUAUACUGUAUUUUUCCAUUGCAGCUUCACAAAUGUGAGGAUUUUCUGCUUUUAAUGAAUCAUUUCUUAAUUUAUUCUUAAUGGUUUUGAGGUUGGACUAAACAAACAUGGUGAAGGUGUCGCUUCGGCCUCUCAAAUAAACCGACCGAUCGAUUAAUGGAGAAAAUAAUCAGCAGGUUAAUUAUUCCAAAAGGAAAUUACCACUACUGUCCUCGUCUUUCUUCACAGCAGAGUUGUGUGAAACCAAUCAAUCAAUCAAAAACUUUAUUUGCAUUGCGCAUUUCAUACAGUGUGGUGCAGUUCAAAGUUCUUCACAGAUGACGACACUAAGACAGAAUGUAGUAAAAAUUAAAUAAGGCAGAUUUAAAUACAGAAUGCAAUGAUAAAAAUGACAAUAAAAUACAGCUAUAAAGGAGAUUAUUUAAUAAAAGUUAUACUAAAAACUAAACAGGGGACGUGUCCAGACUUUUUUGACUGGGGGUGGCAUCAAGUAUGUGUCUCAUGGAGCAGAUAAAUAAAAGGUUAGUUUCUGAUUGUGGUUACAAAACACAGCAACAUCUCCACCACACACACCUCUGCAGAACAGCAGCCACGCUUCAUCCUGUCUGCAGGUCUGUGUGUUUGACCGAGGGCGGGGCUGAGCGGCACACACACAUGCAGCUCGAGGCGGGGGGGAGACAGAGACAGCGAGGUCACCAGGUCAUUAUCUUUACAGAGUCCCGACCUCACACCCAGCUGCCCCAGUACUGUUCGGUACAGUCGAUGGUGCACCAGUGAGACCUAUGAAAAGGUUUCUUUGCACUUGACAGAUUUCUGGUCGCACCCUGGAGCUCUGUUAAAGAUAUGAUAAUAAUUUCACUGUUAUCAUCGUGUCAGUUCCAGCUGUGUGCAGCGGUGCUUCCCUGCUCAGCAACGGUUGGCAGCUAGCCAGGGAACACAAGAACACAAGAGACCAAAACAGAGCUGAAAGGACGGUGCAUAUUGGACGUCAGGUGGCCAGAAACACGACUCUAACUGAAAACUAAUGCUGCUCUAUGUCUUCUGCUCUCUCCCUACCUCUCAGCAAAUUUAAAUAAUAAUUCUAACAAUAAUUCUGUUUCCAGCUCAAAAAUCAAGUUUUCGGGUGGAGUACCUAAAAUAAUUUCUAUGAUACAAAACAAAUUCACAAGUUGUAAUUCAUAGGGCUAAAAGGCCAAAUAGGAGUACCAGUCCCAAUUAUAUCGGAUAAUAUGUUUUUAUUUUAACAAGAAACCCCCACUGGGCACGGUUGUUGUUCUUCUAUCAGACGGUCUGUUAUCAGGCAUAUUUCGUCCUCUGUAUCAGCUUCAUCAGCCCCGGACAUAAAUACAGUCACACAUACAUGAACAUACACGCACAUAGACAGUGAGCAGUGCUAAGAUAAAGAGGGCUGGGCUUGUUCCUUAACUCACUCAGCUCUCAGACCUUGAGCUUCAUAAGGAACCUCAGGUCAGCAACCGGCCUCAAAGUUUACAGCUGAGCCACCAUGAUCCUGUACCUGCUCUUCCCCGCUCUUAUCCUCGGUAUUGUGGAGUCACAAACAGCCAACAUGACAGACAAAGAGUGGAGGAAAGCUGAUGGGAACCUAACAUUGAUUGAGUCCACUGCCAACAGUACGAUGAAACCAUUCACUGUGACGUCCAGUUUGAACAAGGACAAGGAAAGUGAAAUUGUGGAUGAACUGCAAAACCAGACAGCGACUGUUAUCACAGAGGAUGAUGAGAAUUUCCAGGACCAGGAAACUAUGUUCCCUGGCAGACGGUGUCAGCAGGACAUUCUAGAAGACUAUAGUCACACGAUUUGUGGUAAUUCCUUUCACACUCAAAUGUUGUCAGUCAGCACAGAAGACUGGUGUGUCCUGGACAAUAUCAUCAGACCAUACCACGAAAUGACGAUGUGCUUGGAGAAGCUGUCUGGUAUGAUCGGCUGCUAUUACCCAAACCCCAUCAUUCAAGAGUUCUUCGUCCAGAUCCACUCUGAGUACUUCCAGAACUGUGCCGAGGAGGAGCUUCAGUUCCCGGAUGCUCCUCACGGGGUGGUGAUCACCUUAACACUCAUCCCUGUUUGCCUCAUCCCCGUACUGGUUUAUGUGGUGAUUUGGAAAAGUAAAGUCCAGGAGUGAGUGAGACCUGCACCAUCAAUGAACUCACAGUACGUGUGUUGUAUGUUCCACAAACAGCUGUAUAUGUUUUUAAAGAAGAGUUGUAUAAUGCAGUCUGGAGAUGAAGGUGAGUAAGUUAUGAAAUGUGAACAGUUUUCAUUCAGUAUGUAUUAAAAUAAUAGUCCGAUGAGAUAAUUCACCUUUCCUCCAUCCUGCCCUGUUUUGCUCUGGGUAAGACAACCACAUUUUAAAGAUGAGUAAAAGAUAAAAGUGACUUUAUAUAGUCACAUCUUGAGUUAGCUAGUGUUAGCACAAGUUUAACUAACUAGCAAACCAAUGACUGAUGUAGUUUGGCCAGGUAGUGAGCUAGCAUUUUGACUAGCAGUCACCGCCCUCUACUGGCUGAAAACUGGCUACUGCAAUUGAAUUUUGUGAUUGGCUGAUCUGGGGGCAGGUGACAUAAGGGGGCAGUUUUCUUCACCAAACAAGCCCUGGUUCUAUAAAACCAACAUCUGGACUCUGCAGACUCUGCAGACUGCGGCCUGCUGCCCAGCCGUUAGUCUGACACUCAACCACAGACGCCGGAGAGCUAGUUUAUCUAAGGUUGCAACUCAAGUACCACACAGAAAUAAUCAGCGUGAAUGUGUUUCUAGUGAGUGUCGAAGCUCCGGCGGACUCUCUGUGUCUGCGAUGCAAACACAGAGAGGUACAGAAGAGGAGAAAGUUCACCAAGGUGUCACUGUUAUUGGAGCACAGAGCAAAAAAGGGCGGGACUUAGGAAGGGUUAAUUGUCCAUGACAGGCCAUGUUUCUACAGCUCGGAGGUAUAGAAACCUGGCAGCCUGUUAUAGAGGAUCCGCUCCGUCUGUAGAUAAAAACGUCUCAUUCUAACGUAACAAAAACACAACUAUUGCUAUUUUCAGGUGAUUAAACACUAAUGAAAACACACAUAUUAACAAUAUACUGCAUUUCUGACAAUUGAUCCUCCUGAAUGUUACACACUGGACCUUUAAAGAGAUUUGGGAAAUACCUAAUUUCCUAAAAUUCUGAUGUUUUUAUUUGCCUUUUUUGCUGAGAUUUCUUGUUUUUGUUUUUAUUUUAAAUCCCAGCAGCACAAUUCUUUUACUACUUUUAUGCAUUAAGUUUUGUGUGUGUCUUAUUUGUGAACAUUAAUAAAGUAAAAGCAGCUGCACACAUACAGUACGUGACAGUACGAACAACGAGAA